AUGGCAAGGGCAAGAAUUGGGAUCCAAUGCGGAUGGAUUCGCUCACUCGGUGCCGCGGCGGUGUGUCCUGUGAGCAACUGCGCCCGCGCGCGGCACCGGGAAGCUGCGGGAACCUCAAUGGAUGAUUGGCGCCAGAUCCCCGGCAUCACCUCAGCACAUGGGCAGCCCGAGAAGGAAUCGAGGGUAGAAGAUAUUCCAGGGUUUCCGCUAGCACAACUUCCAAGCGCCUCUACCGCUACUCCACACACCCACGCUGAAUGGCACAACCACUGA